CUUUUUGGCCCGUGUUUCACACGUUAUAUGCUCUUCCCGGUCGAGCGGCUCGUAUUCUACCCUGUAAGAGAAAUACUAGCACAACUACAAAAGGGGAAAUAUCCCAAAUUAGUAAUGCUCGCGCCAGCUGAGGCUCCAUAGGGCUUUGGAACUCGCAUUGUAUUGAUGCAAUGACGUCGAUCCUAUCGUGGCAGCUAGCAUAGCUUAUUUGCCUUCAUGGAGAUAGAUGUCUUCUUCGUUGGAGCCCAUAACCCACGAAGGGGUAUAAAGAAUCACACUCCCGCUGCUCUCCAGCUUGGUUUUUUUUCGUUCUUCAUCAGACAGACGAAAUCACCAAUCUACCUACUCACUCACCUACUAUAUCUCCCACUUCUCGACUUCCAAACCCAACUAAACCAUCAAGAUGCGUUUCACCGCCACCGCAGUCACCGCCCUCCUCUUUGGAGCCAAUGCUAUGGCCCAAGACCUGAAUUCCGAGGACGUUUCCAUCGCCGACUUCAUCGUCCAUAAGGCGGGUGCCAGCGGUGGCUCUGCCGGCAUUGUAGACGGUGUCUCCUUCAAGCUGACAGGAAACGACGCCACGGACCUCAGCUGCUCAGCCACUGCCGACCAGAUCACCGACGGCGUGCCCACCGACGUCAUUACUUGCGGCGACUCCAAGUACCGCUUCGCGCUUGUCGGAAGCCCCGACUACUCGACCUUUAUUCUCCAGGUCUUCCACGAGCUCGGAACUGCUUCCGGCUUGUCCGGCCAAGGCACCAUUGGUACCUACUGCCGCUCAGGUGGCCUCGACAACGUGGUCUGCACCCAGGCCCAGUCCCCUACUACCAUCCACCUCGACAGCCUUCCCCAGUAAAGGGGCUCGUCGAGCUCAUGUUUGGAGGAUAUUGAAGCUUACGUGCGUAUGAAGUAUGAGAGGAAACCUUGGUGUUCGCCUGUAGAUAUGUAUUUAGAGAUAGUUUAGCACGCGAAUCUAUCGCGUCUUGCUUAUAACUCUUAUUUCCUGCGUGCUCGUUCGUGAUUAGCGUUGUCUUUGAUCAUCAGGUUCUACCGAUGGUCAACUUGAUAUUAUGGCUCAAUGUACGAAGGUUGGGGCCAAAAGUCUUGCACAU